AUGGUUGAAAAGACUGGAAAUGUUAGGCUGGAAUGGGUCAAAGGCCCGUUCCGCACCCAUGCGGAGUGGGGAAUGUGGGCAAUCUCCGAUGGGAUGAUUAACUUUUGGGUGUCCCCGCCACGGCGCUUGCAGGUCGAAAUGGCCGAACUCACUUCGGUACCGAUUUCCUGCCUGGGGUCCCCCUCCGACCCUCGCAGAUGGUCCCUCGCGCUCUCCUGCAUACUCGUCGGUCACCUGAGUCCGGGGGGUCUACUAUUGGAUCCUCGUCCCAUCCUCAUCCCCCAUCGCCAUCUCCCCAUCACCAACCACCACUUAAUACCAACUACCGGUGAUGCAACUAGGUUCCCUGGCCUGGUGGCUAUUUCUGGAAACCCCUCGCCCACGCGUUUCUAUUUAAAAGUUCGGCAGCACGCUAGAUUAUCGUCACUCUUCAUGCUUGCUCGUAUUCCUUAUCUCAGGGCUGAUCGAUCAUCGAUCACACACCCGCCAGUCUAG